AUGUCAUUUUCGUUUACCCGAGAAGGACACGAAGCUCUCUCUUUUCGUUGCCUUUCAUUUAUUAGCACUCUUUGCUUCUUUCAAUUUCACAUAACACCUAUUUCUCUCUCUUUCCCUCACUUGCACACUUUUCAAUCAUUUUCUAUUUUCAUUUCUACGUCUUUCUUUUCUAAACUCUCUUUGACGAUUUUAUUUUUACACAUCGCUUAUUUCUCUCUCUCUCUCUCUCUCUCUCUCUCUCUCUCUCUCUCUCUCUUGGACAGUUUAUUCUCAUUUUCUAUUUUCUCUACUUGCCUUUCUUUCCUUACAUCUUUUUGUCUCUUAUUUUCACAUAUCUCUCAUUUAAUUGUCACUCUACUGUACAAUUUCCUCUCAUUUCCGUUGGUCUCUCCUUUGUCUCGUUCUACUCAAUUUCCUUUUCUGUUUUCUCACUAUUGUCUCCCUGUUUUCGUGUCCAUCACAUCCGUGUCUUUUCUUCUCUCUACGUUUACUUGUCUCUCUACUAUUACUUGUCUCUCUAUUUUUCUGCUAUCAAAUUUGACUUUUCUUUCUCCUGGUUUUGUCUUUCUCUUCUCUUUCCUAUGCGGUAUUUUUCUAACUUCAUAUCUUUCUUCUUUACUUACCUCUUCAAUACUUGUGAAUCUCGUAUCUGUUUUAUUUUAUAUAACCCACUUUCCCGCAUUUGACCUUCUACCUUUCUAA